AUGAGCGGAGCUACGCUGGCAAACUCCAGUGCGGUAGUACUAUAUCGCGACUCACUGGGCAAAGCAGUGGUGAAGAACGUCAUCGUGCUGGUCAUCGGACUCUCCAUCAACUACAUCAAUGUCGGCCUCAUGUACACCUUCUGCAAGCACCACAUCUUCUACCUGAACCCCCGCUACAUCCUGUUCUUCCACCUGGUUGUGAACGACAUGAUCCAGAUGAGCGCCACCAUCUUCCUCUUUGUCUUCAGCUUCACCUUGUACCGCAUCAGCGUGAGAAUGUGCGCCAGCUUCAUCCUGAUGGCCGUCAUCACCUCGGAAAACACGCCCCUCAACCUGGCCUGCAUGGCGGCCGAGUGCUACGUGGCCGUCUGCCUGCCGCUCCGCCACGCCCGCUUCUGCACCGUCAGGAGGACCCUGCUCCUCAUCGCCGCUAUUUGGGCCACCAGCUUCUUCUCCACCUUCCCGGAUCUCUUCGUCACGCUGGCCACCGAGCCCGCCGAGUUCUUCUCCACCAAGAUCCUGUUCACGGCGCGGUCGGCCAGCAAGGACACCAGGAAGGCCAGGGGGACCAUCGUCCUGCACGGCGUUCAAGUCCUGCUGUGCAUGACCAUGUACGCCUUGCCGCUGGUCAGGGAAGCUCUUUUCCGUUGGUUUCCCAAGAACUACUCGGACUCGCUCUUCGCCUGCUACAUCGUCGUGCAGAUCCUGCCUCGAGCCAUCAGCCCCAUCAUAUACGGCGUGAGGGACAAGUGCUUCCGCAAGUACCUCAAAAACUACCUCAUCUGCAGGAAGUGA